GCUCACACCAUUCUCCACUACACUUGCCUGUGUUUCCCUGUGCUGCGCGUGUGUUUCUUCUGAGAGUUCCAAUGGCGGAGCUGGUGGCCGCCAUGGCCAUCCGGCCACUGGUGUCCAUGCUGAUGAGCAAGGCGUCCAACUCCCUCCUGGACCAGUACAAGGUGAUGGAGGGAAUGGAGGAGCAGCACAAGAUUCUCAAGCGCAAGCUUCCGGCCAUCCUCGAUGUCAUGACUGACGCCGAGGAGCAGGCGACGGAGCAUAGAGAUGGGGCCAAAGCCUGGCUCCUGGAGCUAAAGGCAGUGGCCUAUCAGGCAAAUGAAGUCUUCGACGAAUUCAAGUACGAAGCACUUCGCCGUGAAGCCAGGAAGAAGGGGCACUACAGAGAGCUUGGCUUCGAUGUAAUUAAACUCUUCCCUACUCAUAACCGUUUUGUGUUCCGUCACAGAAUGGGUCGCAAGCUUUCUAGGAUUCUGCAGGCCAUUGAGGUCCUCAUAGCAGAGAUGCAUGCCUUUAGGUUCAAGUACAGACCACAGCCGCAGGUGUCCAAGCAGUGGAGGCAGACGGAUCAUGUUAUCAUGGACCCACAAGAAAUUGCCAGCAGAUCCAGAGAGAAAGAUAAGAAGAAUAUUGUUGCUACACUACUUGGUCAAGCUAACAAUGCAGAUAUUGCAGUUGUUCCCAUCGUUGGAAUGGGCGGCCUUGGCAAGACCACAUUAACACAGCUCAUAUACAAUGAACCUGAAAUUCAGAAGCAUUUUCAGUUGUUGCUUUGGGUCUGUGUCUCUGAUACAUUUGAUGUAAACUCCCUGGCUAAGAGUAUAGUCGAAGCAUCUCCCAACAAGGAUGAUGAUACAAAUAAACCACCACUGGAUAGACUUCAAAAAUUGGUCAGCGGACAGAGGUAUCUCCUUGUAUUGGAUGACGUCUGGGACAACAGAGAGUUACGUAGGUGGGAAAGGCUGAAGGCCUAUCUUCAGCAUGGUGGCAUGGGCAGUGUAGUGUUGACAACAACUCGUGAUAAACGAGUUGCUGAAAUUAUGGGUGCAGAAGCUUACAAUCUCAGUGUUUUGGAGGAUUCCUUUAUAAAGGAAAUUAUAGAGGCUAGAGCAUUCAGUUCGGAGAAAGGAAAGCCUGUUGAACUAGUUGAGAUGGUUGAUGAGAUUGUGAAGAGAUGUUCUGGCUCUCCAUUAGCUGCAACGGCAUUGGGCUCUGUACUUUAUACCAAGACCAGCGUGAAUGAAUGGAAAGCUGUAUCAUCCAGAAGCAGCAUUUGCACCGAGGAAACUGGAAUUUUGCCAAUACUAAAGCUCAGCUACAACGACUUGCCAUCACACAUGAAGCAAUGCUUUGCCUUUUGUGCUGUAUUUCCCAAGGAUUACAAGAUUGAUGUGGAGAAGCUGAUCCGACUAUGGAUCGCAAAUGGCUUUAUCCCAGAACACAAGGAAGAUAGUCUUGAAACCGUUGGAAAACAUAUUUUCAAGGAGCUUGCCUCAAGGUCAUUCUUUCUGGACAUAGAGAAAAGUAAACAAGUGUAUUAUGAUCUUAAGGAAAAGGACUAUUAUUCCAGAACAACAUGUAAAAUCCAUGAUCUUAUGCAUGAUAUUGCAAUGUCUGUUAUGGAAAAAGAAUGUGUUGUUGCGACUGUGGAACCAAUUCAAAUCGAGUUGCUUCCGGAUACUGCUCGGCAUUUAUUUUUGUCGUGUGAAAAAGCAGAAGGUAUUUUGAAUGAUUCUAUGGUGAGAAGAUCCCCUGUUAUUCAAACACUGAUAUGUGAUAUUCGUGUGCAAGGCUCACUGAAGAAUCUAUCAAAAUACAGCUCUUUGCGUGCCCUGAAGCUCCGGACAUGGGGAUUCCUGCCGCUAGAACUAAAGUAUCUCCAUCAUCUGAGAUACCUUGACCUCUCCCAGAAUUAUAUGGAAUCGCUUCCUGAAGAUAUAAGCAUUUUGUAUAACCUGCAAACGUUGGACCUUUCCAAUUGUCAAUAUCUUUAUCGACUUCCGAGGCAAAUGAAGUAUAUGACUUCCCUCUGCCACCUCUACACUCAUGGGUGUCCCAAGUUGAAGAGCAUGCCUCCAGAACUAGGAAAUCUCACCAAGCUGCAGACACUUACAUGUUUUGUAGCAUCAGUUACUAGUCCUGAUUGCAGCGAUGUUGCACAGCUGCAGGGUUUAAACCUUGGUGGUCAGCUAGAGCUACGUUGGGUAGAGAAUGUUGAAAAAGCAGAAGCAAAAGUGGCAAAUCUCGGAAAAAAGAAGGAUCUUAGAGAACUGACAUUAAGAUGGAGUUCUGUUUCUGAUAGCAAGGUGCUCGACAAUUUUGAGCCUCAUGAUGGGCUGCUGGUUCUGAAGAUAUAUUCAUAUGGAGGGAACUGUGUGGGUAUGUUGCAAAACAUGGUUGAGAUCCAUCUUUCUCAUUGUGAAAGAUUGCAAUUUUUGUUCAGAUGUGGUACAUCCUUCACUCUUCCAAAACUCAAGGUGCUUACACUGGAGCAUCUAUUGGAUUUUGACAGAUGGUGGGAAAUAAAUGAGAGGCAAGAAGAACAGACAAUAUUUCCUGUGCUUGAGAAGUUCUUUAUUCGUCAUUGUCGAAAGCUGAUAGCAUUACCUGAAGCAUCAUUGCUUGAAGAACCAUGUCGUGGGGAUAAUAGAUUGGUAUGCACACCAUUUUCUCUGCUUGAGAACUUGUUUAUGUGGUAUUGUGGAAAGCUGAUAGCAUUACGUGAAGCACCGUUGCUUCAAGAACCAUGUAAUAGUAGUUAUAGAUCGGUAUGCUCAGCGUUUCCUGCUCUAAAGGUACUUGCAUUGGAAGACUUGGAGAGUUUGCAGAGAUGGGAUGCUGCUGCCGAAGGAGAACACAUAUUGUUUCCUCAGCUUGAGAAACUAUCAAUUAAGAAAUGCCCAAAGCUCAUAAAUUUACCUGAAGCACCAAAACUCAGUGUUUUAGAAAUUGAAGAUGGUAAGCAAGAGAUCUUCCAUUUUGUACAGAGAUAUUUGCCUUCAUUGACCAAUCUAGUACUGAAUCUAGAAAACACAGAAAUAACAUCAGAGACUGAGUGCUCUUCAAUUGUACCCGUGUACAGCAAGGAGAAAUUGAAGCAGGAAUCCCUUAUUACUGUUAUGAAGUUGGGAUGCAGCAACUCAUUCUUUGGGUCAGGUGCACUAGUGCCGUGGGAUUAUUUUGUACACCUUGAGGAGUUGGAAAUUGAAAGAUGCAAUGUGCUCGUCCACUGGCCAGAGAAAGUGUUCCAAAGCUUGGUAUCCUUGAGGAAAUUAAGGAUUUGGAACUGUAAAAAUCUGAUUGGAUACUCAGAAGCUCCUCUUGCGCCAUCAGCACUGACAAGGAGUCAACACCUGCCAUGUCUGGAGUCUCUCGAGUUAACGAAGUGUACAAGUUUGGUAGAGAUGUUCAACGUCCCGGCAUCUCUCAAGAGGAUGUUUAUUUUCGAGUGCAGUAAUCUUGAGUACAUAUUUGGCAAGCAGCAGGGCAUGUCAGAGUUAGUUCAAGGGUCUUGUUGCAGUGAGGCAAUGGUGCCCAUAACAGUAUCAGAGUUGUCAUCCUCAUCGAUGAAUCACUUUUGUUCAUACCUAGAAGAUCUAACUUUAAUAAGAUGUGGAAGUUUACCAGCGGCUCUACAUCUUCCUCCGUCCUUAAAGAUGUUAGAAAUUUCUCACUGCAGUAGUAUUCAAGUCCUAUCAUGUCGGCUGGGAGGGCUCCAGAAACCACAAGUCACUACCUCCAUAAAUAUACCAGAGCCAUCGGCAGCAUUAGCAACAGCACGAGAGCAUUCAUUUCCUCGUCUCCAACGUCUAAAAAUAUGGUCAUGUGAUGGCAUGUUGCGGGGAAUUCUCCGUCUGCCCACAUCCCUGAAGAUACUGAGCAUUCACAGCAACAGUGGGUUGACAUCGCUAGAGUGUCUCCUGAGAGAGCACCCCCCAUCGCUGGAAUUCCUUUGGCUUGAGAGCUGCAGUACCCUGGCAUCCCUGCCGAAUGAUCCACAAGCAUACGGGUCUCUCAAAAUGCUUGGAAUUUUACGCUGUCCAGCUAUAAAGAAGCUGCCUAGAUGCCUCCAGCAGCAACUUUGCAGUAUCGACAACAAAACGCUAGAUGCCCGUUAUGAAGUGACGGAAUUCAAACCAUCGAAACCGAAGACAUGGAAGGAAAUACCGAGACUCGUCCGUGAGCGGAGGCAGACCUGCUGCAAUUGGAGGCCAUUCAGCUUUUGUUCCACGGAGAACCUCGAAAGCUCAGGAAGCUCCUUCUGUUCCACGAAGAACCUCGAGAGCUCAGGAAGCUCCUUCUGUUCCACGAAGAACCUCGAGAGCUCAUGAAGCUCCUGCAGUCCUCCACAGCAGGAGAAUAACACCACAUCCUGUUAGAGAUUGGGUCAAAUAAUGUACCACUAGGUUAUGCCAUGUGAUUGUAAUCAACCGGCUUUGCUGAACUUUGACCUGUGUCUUGUUCAAGAUACUUGUAAUGUGAAUGUUAAUUUAUCUCCCUGAACAUCUCAUGGAUUUAAUAGAA